CAUUGUUCUCGUGUACCACCAGAUUGAUGAAUAUGCCUUCAGCGCGCCGCCUCCCACGCCUCUGUGUCCCCCGAGUCCAACCCUUGAACCUCCGCGUACGCUUUUACUCUACGCCAUCUACACCCUCAGUCCUUAAAAUCACCAGCGUCCCCGCACCCCAUUGUGGCAGCAUACGCAUCAUAUCGCUCAACCGACCCGAAGCACGCAAUGCCAUAUCACGCCAAUUGCUCGCCGAGCUCGAAACACAGAUCAAGAGCAUCGCAGGCGAGGGUGCAGACGGACCAACACGUGCGCUGAUCCUGAGCUCCGAAAGCGACGCGAGUUUCUGCGCAGGCGCAGAUCUGAAGGAGAGGAAGGCAAUGAGCCAGAACGAAACGUCAGCAUUCCUGAAACAACUCCGCUCCACCUUCGCCCUCCUCGCCUCCCUCCCUAUCCCCACCCUCUCGAGUGUAUCCUCCCUCGCUCUUGGCGGCGGCCUCGAGCUUGCCCUCUGCACCCACCUCCGCGUCUUCUCUUCCCGCGCUAUUGUGUCUCUGCCUGAAACGCGCCUUGCGAUUUUACCCGGCGCUGGGGGCACAUACCGCUUGCCAGCCAUAAUCGGCGCUCAGCGCGCGCGCGACUUGAUUCUCACAGGCCGAAGAGUCAGCGCGGCAGAAGCGUAUUUCUUGGGUCUGUGUGAUCGACUGGUGGAGGUCACGGACGAGGAGGCGCGCGUGAGCGGGAAGGGGAGGGAAAGGGUGCUAGAGGAGAGCGUUAAGGUAGCAAGAGAGAUAUGUGAGGGAGGACCAGUGGCGAUACGGGCGGCGGUGAAGGCUAUGGAGGGGUGGGAGAGGGGUGAGAACAGCGAGAAUGAGGCAUAUGAUAUGGUGGUGGGGACAGAAGAUCGGAAUGAAGCAUUACGGGCGUUCGGGGAGAAGAGAAAGCCUUCAUUCAAGGGACGAUGAAGCGAUCAGGGCGAAACUCGAUGGUUAGCGGACACGUGUACAAUUGUGGAGAUAUGUCGAAAUGGGACAUGAUGAGGGCAUUUGUGCAUGGCGUACGCGGGGG